AACCCAUGUCAAAACUCGGGCUUUCGUGUCUGCUUGCAGGCGGAGGAGCUGAACACCAUCGUUGGCAAUGCUUUCCGCAUGGCGUACGUGGCGCAGCUUCAGCGCCAGCCGAUCCUUCAGGAUGUAAUCUCGCCGCGAUCGACGCCGUCUUAUCGCAAGGACAAGCAGGAGCAUCGAACGUCGUGGAACAAAUCGCUGGCUGGGGGGGACGACAACACGGUCGCCGCGGGCGCUUGCAGGAGUCCGUCGUCGAACUCGUGGCUGAAGAGUCGGACGUCGCCCACCACCAGGACUGGAAGGGGUCCACCCGCAGCAGCGGAUAUGAACGUGCAGCUCGGCAGCGCCGGCUCGCCCACGCUGCGGCUCGCCAGCGUAAAGACGCCGAACUCGAUCCCGGGUCUGCGGCCGUCGUUCACGAACGUCCUCGGUCCCAUUACGGGCGUGGACGAGCCGAAGAGCAUAUCCCAGCAGAGCACGCCGAGCAGCGACGAGAGCAACUCGCCGACGGAGUUGAACUCGUACAAGAGGCUAACGGACAAGCCGCCGCUGAUAAAGCGGCUGGCGAUGGGCUUGACAGGUGGACGCGACGUUCUUGGGCUGAACGGUGAGGAUGACAGCUGCCCGCUCGUCAGCGGUAGCAGCACGCCGACCAGCCCGUCAAAUAGGCCCCACUCCGGGGGCUACAUAAACGAGGCGAUCAUCGACUCGGAGGGCACGAGGCCGUCGUACAACAAGAUCCCGCCGUCCGAGAGCCUCGACAAUACCAUCAACGCGUCCAUCACCAACGCGAAGAACUUCAACAUCGAGAACAACAGGAUAGGGCACAAUUGCCCGGACUCGGGCACGGAGGCGGAAUUCAAGUCGAAAAGAAGAUCGCAAAUUAGCACGUCGAGCAGCUCGGUACCCGCUGACGGAAGCACUCAUGGCUCCACGCCAACCCCGCCGCCUUUACCCGAGAGAACAGACAGCCUGAAUAAUCGAAGCGAGGAGGCCGAGCUACGCAAAGCGCCCUGGUUUCAGGCUGGAAUACCCAGAGAGAUAACGCUGGAGGUAUUGAGCCAGGAGCCGGAAGGAGCAUUCAUGGUGCGCGAGAGUACCAGCAAGCCCGGAUGUUACGCCCUCUCCCUCCGCGUGCCCCGUGAAUUCCAGCCGAGCGGGAUAGCCCAUUAUCUCAUAAUGCGUACAAACAAAGGUUACAAAAUCAAAGGCUUCACGAAAGAGUUUACGACGCUCACCGCGCUAAUCACUCACCACUCGGUCAUGCCGGAAUUACUGCCGUGCCCGUUGUCGCUGAGCCGAUAUAAUCCGAGCUUCGUCAAGACUGACUCCAGCAAGGAUUUCGCGGACAUCGACUCGGACCCGGAUUACAAUACCCUGGCGGAUUUUCGCAAAAUGAUGGCCGAUCUGAACGUUUAGAACGAUCGUCGAGGCUUCACUUCCUCUCUUUUUGCACUUUUCCGUGAUUUUUUUUAUCGCGAUUCACGUGAAAAACCGGUUGGAAAAUAGAUUGCGAGGCACCGUUCGGUAUUAUUUUGUACCUGGAUCGAUUUUGUGCCAUUGCAUCGUACGUAAAAGGACGACGUCUUACACUCGCGAUCGCGUAGUCCGCGAGGAAACGAUCUCCGCCCCCGGGAUAGUUUGGUGCAGCGCACAUUGGACGACGCUUAGUUAAGAACGAAUCUAUGUUCCGGAAAGACUCGCACAGCCACCAGUGAUACAUACUCGUAAGUCAUUAAUAACGAUAAGAAACGUAUAGCGUAUACACAAAAAAAAGAAUAUCAAUUCUACCACCAAGAAAAACGAUUACUCAACUUACUUUUCUCCCUAAUAACUAACGGUUAUUUUCAACAAAGAAUAUAUAAAAUCUAUGAUAGACUUGCGGAUAUAAAAAACUUAUAAUUAUUUGAAGAAAUACUUGAUAUUUAUUUAAUUCAAGCAGAUAUUUUUCUGUGUGUACACAGAAGUGUUUUAAGUGAAUAUUACAUUUUCAAGUAAAUAUUAUCUAUUAUUAAAUUAUCAAGAUAUUCGUUGAAGAUAAUUGUUACUUAAAAGAAGAAAACUAAGAAAUAAGUAACUGCUUUUCUUAACAUGAGAAUGAUAUUUUUUUCUGUGUAGAUAAUUUAAUAACUGCUAGUGUUACACGGACGCGUGACUGAAAUAGCGAUGCGACUUUUUUUCGUUUUGUAUUACAGCACACGCGAGAUGUUAGUUUUUAGUUUAAGUUUAAUGUAGCGGACGAGGCGAAACAAUUGACGUCCGUCGAAUCUUCAAUCAGAGUAAAUUAUUUUCGCGAAAUAUACGUUCACGAGCGCUCGUUACGAGGAUUAUUAUAUUUUUUUCGCGAGUUUCUCUACGUUAAAUGAAAACAGAUCGAAUUUUGUUAUCGUUUGGAUCGUCCCCGACAGUUGCAACGAUGCCAAACGAUUCGUAUGAUAUAUCUUUGUUAUAAAAUGUAUGAUAGAAUCGAGUAUAAUUGGAGAAUUAAGAAGAUGAGAGGAUUCAAUUCAUUGCGUUCAAAUACAAAGUGAAUUUUAAUUUAUGAUUCGUUAAGAGGACGUCAAAAGUACAUAACGAUGCAGAAGAAAACGGAGGGUGAUAUUUUACAUGAGGGACGAUGUUCUCUCCGAGAGAAAAAUCGAUACCUUCUUUCAGGACAGCGUUUACAUUAAGAUAUUUAUCCAUUUAGUUCCUCUCAUGAUUGCAGCUUCAUGGCGUUUGAAAGUGAUCUAGUAAUUUUUAUUUGACUGAAACGAUUAUCUAAUACUUUUCUAUAAGAUGUAACUGAGGAUUGUAUUACCAUCGUCGCACAUAACGUAAACUGUAUUUUGUCGCUUCGAAAGCAGGAAGGCUGUCGUGUAAUACGAAAAACGCAAUCGCCUUCUUCUUUAUAACUUUUACAAUCAAAAGUGUUCACUUGAAAUGCGAGAAGUACGAGGAACCGUCACAUAUCCAAGCGGUCACGAUAACAUGAAAAUGAGUCAUGAUUGAUAAAAAAAGUAACUUUUAAUAAUCACUUUGGACGUCAUUUCGAUAUCAUCAAUAACUUUUUUUUUAUGCUUGGAUAUUCUGUAUCUCGAAACAAAGACCUAACUACGAUAGUUAAACCGCUUAAAGGUAUUGAACUUGGGAGCAAAAUGAAGAUGUAACUAGUUUAUUAUCGAAUCUGUAUAUGUGGAAAGUUGAAUACUUUCAUUAUCAUUUAAUCGCAUUCCCGAUGGUAUAUCGCAAUCCGAUGAUAUAUCGGGGACCAAAAACGAAAAUAACAUUCGUUAUAAUUUUGAUGAAACAAUUCAUUCUAGUGUAACAUUGAAAAUGGAGUAAAUAAUGUUGAUUGUAUCAUGUUUCAACGCGUCUCUCGUAUAAAAUAAAAUAAAAACGAGAAACAAAGAUUUUCUGAUUUGUUUCUCAUUCCAUUGCAAAUAAUAAGUUAUCAAAUAAUAUUCAAAUUUAAUGAAAUUAUAUUCUAUAUUAGUAACUUGAUAUGUAUUUUGAAUAAAAUUUAAAUCAAGAGGGAGUGCGAGAGAAACAAUGGAAAGAGUAAAAAAUGGAUGACACUGUAUAUUUUUCACUUUUGGUCCCUGAUCGCAAUAUUGAUGUACAUGUGUUUAUAUGUAUAUAUAUGUUAUUAUUCUCACUCGCGCGUUAUACUUCCACACAUAUAUUUAAUUAGUGUGAACGUCAAAGAGGAUUAGUAAAUGGCAUGGAAUCUUGGAAAUACGAUUACGCCUAAGAAAGGACACAAAACUUUCUCGCGAAAUUUCGAUUCAGCGAAACACGAAUUGCUAUAAUAGGCGAUAAUUUAGUUUCUUAGCUAUCCUAGUCUUGUACAGAAAUUUCGCGCAUAGCUACGACAAUGGAAAUCAUACGAAUAUGCAUAGAUAAUUAUUGUAUUUAAACGAUUCUCAGCGACGAUCAGACACUAAAUCGCGUGGCACCUUUUUAUACAUGAGAAAAUAAUUUUCCGAGCAUAAUCACGUAUUAUCGAUUUCUUGGCUCAUGCAUAUACAAACAAUUUAGAUCGCAUCGAAAUCUAUAAAACUGCCAGUGUACUAUCUCAUCAGAAUCAUUCGACUGUCAUUUAUUACGAAACGUAAGAGCAAAUCUCGAUUUGUUAAAUAAAUUUUAAUGCCGUAGGGAAUAUACUAGAAUGUAAAAACGAUAUAUAGCAUACAUUUUGUAGCAUUGAAUAUUAAAUUUUCCAAAAAUGACAGCGGUUUCGAUUCCUGAACGAGUGAGGCGAAUGAGAAUACGUCGACAACGUUCAUCGACAAGUUUUCAUAUUCAGAUUCAUAUCUAGUAACGCAUUGUGCUGGGAGAAAGCUCAGAAUUGAUGCAUAUGGUGCAUUGAAAUCGUAUGUAUGAUAUGUAUAAUAGAUUUGUGCGAAUAUGAAUCGACUGUGACUUUCUACUUCUACAAUGUGUUCCUGUGUAAUGCUUUAAUGACAACGCAAAUUAUCAAAUUAUAAGAAAGGAGAGAAAUCUCAUAAAAUAUCUGCAAAUUUCAUUAAAUUCCUUUUUUAGAGAUCUUUUUUAAGAUCACAGCUGCAUUAAAAGUGAUGUGUCUUAUAUUGUUAAUCUCACACACGCGCACGAUUUAUUAAAUCGCGCAAAAAAUUUUAAAAUAGUGUUUUUGGGAAAUAUAUAUAAAAUUAUAUAAAAUUGAAAAUAAUGAGAAAAAAACGAAGAAAAGUUUGUAUUACGAAAUCGAUUAAUGCGUGCUAAGAUAAUCGCGCAAGAAACGCAGCAUAAUUAACUGUUGUAAUGUACGCUACGCAUGACAUUAAUCACUGCUUGAGGUUUGUAAUGUUUUAUGAAUUUAUUAUCGCGAUGCGUUGUAUAAUGUCAAGAGAAAUUAUUUAUUGCAAUAAAUAUAAUACAAAGU